UUAUUGGGGCUAGGUGUCGGUCUUCCUAAAGACUAGGGGACGACCACGCACACAUAUCCAGCAUCCUAGUCCUACAUCCUGGUACUUUGGCGAGCGUUGUCAGCCUCAGCACGGCAGGCAGGGGGAGGGAAAGUAGCUGCAGUGUCCUGGCACCAACGUAUGCGUCCACAACACCUCGCUAAAGUGUCCCGAAAACUUAGUGCUAACUGAAAGGUCACCUGCACGCCAAUGUGAUGUCCUUCGCCAACUUUUCAGUGGUGUAAUUCGACCUAUUGUGUUUUUUUCAAAAGAAAUGCAACACAAUUAAUGUCAGUAAUGUAGUCUGGAUUGAAAGCAUGGACUGAUCAGUGUCGGCUGCGUAGCAGUGUGCUGUCCAGGCUGGCUACAGUAUGCCAACUGCAAAAGAUAAAGGUGGCACGAUGUCAACCCGUUACCGGCCGGCAUCAGACUAUGAUGAUGCCACUCUUGCCCAGAAGAGAGAAUAUUGGCGAACCAAGAAGCGGGAGCAGAGAGCUCGACGUGCGGAAUGUCGAAUGACAUCCAAGCAGAAGAGACGACGAGAACAGUUACAACGCGCAAGUAUGUCGAAAGAGAGGAAUUCCAGUUCUUCUGUCUCUGUAGCUGCUCCUUUGUCUCGCACACAGAAGAGGGACGAGUCGUUCUCAUUACCCAGUGCUGCUCACGGAUUGCAGAAUUCCUGUAAGGCUGUUCAAAAUCAAAAGAAGAAGUGGAUUUGUCCGCCAGCCUCACUAAACACAAUCUUGCCUGAGUUGUCACCCUCAUGCACAACUGAAAACAAUACAGCCACAGUCAAACAACAGGCUGUGGACAAAGCCGUUACCUCGCCUGCACCUAGUGACUCCCCACUGAACACCACCUUUCAAGUGCCUCCCCUCAGCGUGACCCAAAUCUCCAAUGGCAGCUGCAAACCGACAACGUCUGAGUCAUCAGACCCCAACAUGCAAUACCAGGAGCAAGAUGCAUCCCACAAUACGAAAAAAACCUCACCUGCUGACAUGAGCGCUGGUAUGACUCCUGUGUUUUCUACCCGUGAUACCACCUCUGUAACAACAGAGGGAGCUAGAACAAAUGCAACACUUCUACAGGAAACCCAGAGUGCCUUGGCCACUACUCUGAGGGCUAAAAGCAAUGGCAUCUCCAACCCUUCCACAGAGUCUGAGGAGGAGAGAGCAGCCAAACGCAGAGAGCUUUGGCGCAUCAAAAAGCGAGAACAGAGGGCAAGACUCGCAGCGCGGACAGGAAAGGUGAGGACACAAGCCGCCGGCGUGGAGAUGCAGAAGGCAACCGCGCAAAAGACCGGACUGAUGGGUGCCCUACCUCUGCAGCGUGUCCAGUUGAAAGCUGGCAUUCAAAGGCAGUGUCCUCCUCGAGUCAAAGCUACAUUAGCGUCUGCCAAAAAGGAAAAUAAUAAAAUGCAAGGCGUGACAGAAUGUUUCACAACUGUCAAUCUGCAGACAAAAGGCCAGACUCCACAGGGUGUCAGAACAGCACAAACAUCAGACGGUAUUUCUGUGAAAAUACUAGGGGAGUCAUCGAGGAGGUUUUCAAGUUCAGUUCAUCUGUCUAAUGUAAGCCGAGGGUUUGUGCGAUGUAAGACGACCAGACAGAGGUUCAUUGAAGCUCAGAAGAAUUUCAUGAAUCUGAGAAACAUGAGAUGUAAAUCACCCCUGCUUGCCUCGUUCUUCAGUACUACAAAUAUCCCCAAGAUAGACCCCAACGACACACCUGAACAGAUCAUUGCAAAACGCCGAGAGUACUGGCGGGUAAAAAAGCGCGAGCAGCGAGCUAAGCUGACGAGUGAGGUAAAGACCCGCCUGAAAGAGAAGGACUCCUUGAUGCGAAGGGUAAAACGCUACCAAAGUAUCCUAGAGGAGAUGAGGAGGGCCAGAGGUUUAGCACGGUCAGCAGGAGGCGCUCUUGCUCAAGCCUCCGAGGCCAUUGGAGGGUUCAUCAAGGAGGAUGGGACACUGACCAAUAAAAUUCCACAUGUUGCAGUUGGUCACACAGCUAGUGAUGAAGCACUCCACGGAGGUUCAAAUGAUACCUUUGUUACACGAGCGCAACAUCAACCGUAUACAAGAAGAAAGGGUACUAGACAAUACUCUGCUCCCCCAUGCGCACCUCAGGUGAAAAUCUCGCUUCCUGGGCGGUCUUUUAACAAACUACCAAAACUGCACUCGCUCAGAGCGAGGACUCCACAUGGAAGCACAUGUCAUAAUUCACAAUCGGUACCAGUCCGUUCUGCUUGUAAGCUUACUCCCAUUCGCCCUAAACCUUCUCAAGAUGUCAUUUCUGUGGGUUCAGCCGCGGGGUCCGACGAUGGCGGCUGCGUCAGGAAAAUGGCCAUUUCAAGUAGCACAGCAACGCCACUGUCGGUGACCUCCGCGGAUCUGGAACUGUCAGAGGAGGAGAGAAUGGCAAAAAAGAGGGAGUACUGGAGGAUAAAGAAGCGCGAGCAGCGGGCGGCCCAUGCGGUGCGACUGAAGCAGGGCGUCUUACAGGCCCGGGUCAACGCGGCCUUACAGAGGAGAAGGGCUCAGAAACAGGCAGCAGUGACCUCGGUAGCCAUGAGCACACGUCGUACGAACCAAACUGCCACUUCACAAACCCAGCCUGUUGGCAGUGUGCCUGUUCUACCAAAUGCACAUACAAUUAAACAAGAGACAGAGUCUGUGCCAGAUGCUGACCUAAAUUCAUGUUCAGAACAAGCCAUCUGCCCGGAUAUCAAAAGCCCCACCUCUCCACCGGCACCUCAGCCGGAGUGUGACCCAGCUCUGAGCGGAGACACCCAAGCGACCACUCUGCUAGCUGUGGCCUCGAUGAAAAAGCUCCUGGAGGAAUCCCUCAGUACGGUGGCGGAUUGUAAAGAAAUGCAGACCAGUGUUAAAACUGAGAUAAAGCAGGAUGUCGAGGACCAAGAAAUUAAACCAAAUUUGUCUCCGCUGCUCUUGGAAAAAGACGAAGGGGUUCCUCUGGCUUCUGACCUCUCAAGCUGGCAGCCGGACACGGAGGACUUGGUGCAGGCGGGUUCGCUAAGCCCUCAGCUCAAAGAUUCGCCACAAUUCAGCGAGACGUGGUCACCAAUACCCGCCUCCAGGGAGGAAGUUCCACCUCCCACAUGUGAACACUCCUCCCAAACACCUUCCAAUGUCAUCAUCAUUCCCUACGUGGACACCCCCGAUAAUGCGUCUUCUCAACACACAAGCCCGGGGAUUUGUCCAAAACAAGAAAGCUGCUCCACAGAACCACCGCAGCUACACCUUUUACCCACAGACCAGCUACACCCGCAGCACCAGUCCUUUAAAAAACAGGAUCGGGACCAGCUUCAAAACUACAAAUCACCGUCAACACGAAGUUGUACUAACGUGGUCUCGGACCACAGAGGCUUGUCCAGCCUGCAGAGGAAGAGGGAAUACUGGAAACUGAUGAAAAGACAGCAGAGAGCCCGACUAAAGGCCCAGCAAAAGGAGAGGAAAGGAGAUUGUAGCAGAAGAUAUUCCACAGCAAAUCUAGUGGCUCCAGCAGUUGUUGUCACCAACACUGUUAAGGGUCUUAAUCCAAAACCAGCUCUCCAACACACUCCGUCCACUUCUCAUUUGGCUGCAGACACCCAUCCUUCAGCCAUUAAUGACGGCCACUCCGAAGAAACCCUUGCGGAAAUCUCCUGCUCAUUUAAGAGUGAGAGGGUCAACGCGGAGUUUGGUUCUCCAUACAUCAUGCCCAAGUGUCAAAAAACUUCGCCCGUUUGUCAAGAGUGGAUAUCUACAAGCACCGCGACUACCCUCCCUACUUUAAAGCCUCCAGACAAUCCCUUGUCCAGGAUCAAACUCCAGCCCAUUGAACCGCACGGUCAAACUCCACAGGGCACCGUCCUCAGUCCCAUAAAAAUCCCUUGCCCUGAACGUCAGAGCCUCACAUGUUCUACUCAGCCGGUGUCUACGAAUUCCUUGGCGCCACCAAAACGCAUUCCAGGUGAGUCUGAUGAGGACUUCUUGAGGAGGAAGCGGGAGUAUUGGAGGAUAAAAAAGAAGGAGCAGAGAGCCAGGAAGGCCAUUCAUGUCAAAGAAGUCAGGGUGAGGAGGGAGUCCAACGAAAGAAGGCCCACGUCCCAGGCAGAAGAACUUCCCGCACAGCAGGACUCUGGACAGUGGGUCAGCUCCUCCGAUGAGUCGCAGCAUCUACUGAGGGCUUCAGCCGACACAGGAGCGUUUCCAUUCUCAAAUUACACGACACCAGUGGAAGACAUUGAUGAUGAGUCAGCGAUGCUGUUCGCCGACUACGAGACCAACAGCGGCGAGGAAACCUCCGAGUCCUACGCCAUGUGGAGGAAUCACUACCUCAUGGACUACGACCCACUCAACCAGCUGCUGGUGUGCAUGGUGUGCGGGGAGCUGCAGUACACCCACAGCGUGGAGGGUGCUCGGUCCCACAUCAGCGACGCUCACCCGGAAACUCUGACCCUGGACAACGGGGAAAGACAGCAAAUACUGGAGGCCUGGGACGAGCAGGUGUCCCAGCGGGAACGUUUCUUUACCAGCCAACUCCAGCAGCACAGUGGUAGCUUGACAGGAACACACGGGACCUGAUAUGCAGAGACGGUCACCUGUGACGUCCACAGUUUGUCCUUUUAAUUUAUUCUUAUAUAUAUAUAUAUAUUUUUAUUUUAAAUUACCCAGGUCACCUUUAUAAAAAGCCUUCCUAAAAAUUCCUUGUUUUCCCACCAGGGGUUGAUAUACCUAAAUAUCUAAAUGGCACUACAGGAACACGGUUAUACAUAAGCUGUUAAAGUUACGAUUUUGUAAGAUUUUUUUAAGGUCCAACCUAUGUUGAGUGUGGUGCAAGUGUUGCUACAUCUUGUUCAUAUAUACCUUUUGCAUUUUUUUUUUUGGACUGGACAAAACUUUUGAUUUUCAAGUUCUUGCUCUGUUUAAAAGUCUUAAAAAAAACCCAAUAUCAAUAAUAUUGCACAAUUUUCCAAUAUGGCGACAUAGUGUCUGCACAAACUGCAGAGAUAUUUUUUUAUGUUGUAUGUAUGUAGGACUAAUUUUUUUUUUUUUUUUGUCUUAAUUAGGAUGCAGUCAUAGACUUUAUAUAAGAAAUGGACUGACUGGAAUGAUCCGAUACUCAGGAUCAGAGUCGGAUUGAAUAUCGAAAAAAAAAAAAAAAACUUCAGUGCGUACGAUGCAAUACUUAGGUUCAAAUGCUCAACUUUAUUAUUUGUGCGACAUGCCAUAAACAGGGACACUAUCGCCUCAGCGAUACUCCAAGUUGCGGUAUCAAUAUCGUACAUGAUAAAGUUGUUUAUUUAUUGAGCCUUCCCUAGUAUUUAGUAUUGAUAUAAAAAAAAAGUCACAUUUGAUUCCAAAUCUAUGUAUCUCAAAUCUAAAAAAACAAAAAUGCAACUGGAUGACUUGGUCCAUUUUUAUAUACACUCUAGGCCUGCAACUAAUGUCUUUUUAUUUUAUUUUUUUCCAAUUGUUGAUUAUUUCCUCAGUUUAUUGAGUAUUUAUUUGGUUUCGUUUGGAACCACAGCUGUUGUGAGGUGGUCUCACAGUGUGGAUAAAGAAUCGGUUUGUGUUAUUACUUCGGAGUUUUUAUUUAUUAGAGUGGAUGCUUCACAAUCAGACUGCACGGCCGGUUUUUUUUUUUUUUUUUUGCAGGUUCAGGUGUAUAUUUUUAAACAACAACAAUGGCCUUUGAAUGCAGUCAUUGAAGGGAAAGUAGUGUCUGGUCAAUAAUUAAGAAUAAUUUAUUGUAGAUAAUUCAGAAAAUGUAGACGUAAACCUUCAUGUCCAUUUCUAAAAACACAGGGGUAUGGCAGGGAGAAGGCAGAAGUAUAAUGAUAAUAUAAAUAAAUUAUAUAAUUUGGAAAAGUUUGGUGGAUUAAAAAGCUGAAUGGGCCGCAUCCGGCCCUCGGGCCUUAGUUUGCCUACCUAGAGUGAAGUAAGUCUGAUAUUUCUUUUCCCUAAGUGUGUAAACCAGUUUAUGAAUGAGAAAGUCAUUUCUUUAUGUUCUACCGCUUAAUUCUGUCCAGAACUCCUGGGGGCGCUAUAGCCAAUCACAGCUGACAUUGAGUAGAAGUUUUAGUUUUUUUUGAUAGUGUUAUAUUGAAGAUGGUCUUAUCAGAUAAAACAUUAGCAGACCAGGCUCUGGAAGCUAACAUGCAACAUUUUCAGAAAUACAUUCCAAGGGCUUAAAUUAGUGUAGCUAACUUAACUGCUCAGUGUAAACAAAGAUGUUUACAUUUACCAUUUUGCCAUUGGGGAAUAAAUGUGCAGUAUUUUUUUUUUUUAAAUCAAAUUUUGUUCUAAAAUAUUUGGAUUCAGACCAUCUUCCAUUGACCAAUACCAACAGCAAAAGCUAACUAGCGUAAUAAGAUAUAUUAAACUCCAAGCCCUGAUUUAUAUAUCCUCGGCCUAAAGCUGUAAAAUUACUGUAACCACUUAAAGCAUUACAUUUUCAAACUCCUCUGCAUACCUGUUGAAAUGCAGCACAAAAAAAAACAACAAAAAAACACCACCCUGCAGAACAGUUGCUUGUAUUGUAUUAUGAUACAGAUGGGACUCCUCAAGGCACUAACAUAGUCAUACUGUUUUUUAGGUGCUCUUCAAACACUCGUUCUUAACGUUCUCCACUUCCGUUCUAAAUGUCAGCGUCACCAUGUAAAUACGUACCAAAAAAAAAACAACAAACGAUCAAAGAAGACCGUUGGGAUUUGUACAACUUUAUUAUUUAUUAAACCUUUUGUUAUUUAAUGUGAAUGUUGUUACACACAUUAUACAUAUCCAUUUGUAGUUGCAUAUCAAAACCGUUGGCUCUUCUGUGAGUAUAUUAGAGGGUAUAAAAAAAGAUUUUCUGCAUGAGUAGAAAUGCUAAUGGUAAAUGGUCUGUUAAGUCCGGGUGGCCUCUCGCAAAACAAUGUUUUGGCGUUUAUUGAUUAAUAGCAAGGCCAGCAGGAGGUGGCCAAGUCUUGAAUGGAUCGUGAGACAACUGCACUACCUGCUAAUCCACAGCCACCCCGAAUGAAAGAACAGUUCUAAACCUGGGAUUUCCAAAAAAAAAAAAAA